AUGCCGCGGUUGCCGCGCAUCAGUCCCAGGACGCCAGGUCCCCGGCACGCAGACUCGGCUCGGUUCUCCGUCUCGGCGACGCAGAGCGUGAGAAUACGGCCGACCAGGCGACCCGUGGCCCGGCCUGCGCCUAGUUCCUCCUCGGGCGAAGCUCUACAGCUCGCAAGAGACGCGACCAAGGACAUGCGAAGCGAUCGGGGCCCUUUGUCCGGCAGCACCUCGUGUAACAUUGAGCCGUCGCCGUCAUCACCACCACCAGUCGCGGUUCCAGUUCUUGACACCGGCCUUUCGGGGCCCUAUAAACGCGUUCUCCUCUCUUCCCAGACCAUCGUGCACUGCUCAGCCGGCCAGCCCCUCGACAAGGCGCGGCACUCCCCCCCCGGCCGCCUCACAACCUGCACCACAAACCGCCAGCUGCAGCAACUCGCCGCGGCGGACAAGUUCUUCUCCCACCCCUGCCGGUUCCUCUACUCGGCAGAAGUCCUCCGCCACCACGCGAUCAACCACCACGUCCCCGAGGUCGUCGUCCUCGGCGCCUCCAACGUCGGCAAGUCGACCUUCCUCAACGCACUCGUCGGCUCCGCCACCGCCGCCAGGGUCAGCCAGAAGCCCGGCCGGACGACAUUGAUGAACGCCUUCGGGGUUGGCCCGCUGCCCAAGAUCCCCAGACAAUCUGUGGCGAAGGGGACGGCCCCGCCGAAACACUCCCUCGUGCUGGUGGAUACCCCGGGGUACGGGUACCGGAGCCAGGCGAGCUGGGGAGAUGCUAUCCUCAGCUAUGUCCGGGCGAGGAGCAUGCUGAGAGGCGCUGUGGUGCUGCUGUCGUCGGAGAAGAGGCUCAUGCCGGAGGAUCGCUGGAUUCUGGGGGCUUUGGCGGAGGCGAAUACCCGUACGGUGGUGGUGGUGACCAAGGCGGACAAGUCGAAGGGUGCGUGGGUGGUCAAGGCCACCGCGCUGGCGGACUCGGUGCAGCGGGAACUGGAUAGAUUCGAUGGAGAGUCUGGGUAUCGAUGGAGGGUUUCUCUGGGCGCUGCGGCGCAUAUUUACGUCACGUCCGCCGGUAUCAGUAGCCCUGGGAAGCUGAGGAACGGAGGGGGGAUGGGCGGCGUGAGGUCAGCCAUCUUGGAAAUGGCUGGUUUCGCACUGGAUAAUACAGUGUCGAGAAAUGCGCAGUCACUCACGUACGGCGGGCCUAUUGUGUCCUUUGACGAUAUUCAAUGGAAAAAAUAG